AUGGUCACGAAAAGCAAGGAAAAAGCAGACGACACCUCCCUUGCCGAUUCAAACCUACCUAACGACAUGUGGCAAUUGCAUGUAGACGGAGCAUCAAAUCAUAAAGGAUCAGGGGCAGGCGUCGUCAUAAUCACCCCAGACGGAUCCUUGUUGGAACAAGCCAUCACACUAGGCUUUUCUGCUUCAAACAACGAGGCAGAAUAUGAGGCAUUGCUCGCAGGACUGCGCCUAGCAAAAGAACUGACGAUCAAGAGAUUAGCCAUCUACUCAGGCUCCCAGCUGAUCACGAAUCAAGCCUCAGAGAACACUCAUGCAGAUGCGUUGGCAAGCCUAGGAUCAACGCUGGACAGCCAGUUCAGACGCUCCAUCCCAGUCAAACACUUUGACCGACCAAGCAUCGAAGAAAUAGAGCCAAUCGACUCAAUGCAGAUCGAUGAAGACCCCAGCUGGCAAGACCCCAUCAUCGACUACUUAGUGAAUGGAAAUCUGCCAACGGAUAAGUCCGAAGUUAGGAAGGUCCAACAGAAAGCCGCGAGAUAUUACAUGCAGGGCGACAAGCUCAUUUGCAGAUCAUACUGCGGCCCUCAUCUCACUUGCAUAAAGUACCCUCAAACACUUGAGGUCCUCUGCAAAAUUCAUGACGGCGAGUGUGGCAACCACUCUGGGGGCAGGUCACUCGCCCAGAAGGCUCUAAACGUAGGCUAUUUCUGGCCUACUAUGCGCCAUGACUCCACUGAAUAUGUCAAAAGAUUUACCGACAAUGGUUCGCAAUUCAUCGGCAAGCAGAUCACUACCUUCUUCAAAAAGUAUGGCAUCAAGCAGCAUCUAUCUACCCCAAGAUAUCCUCAAGGCAACGGCCAGGCCGAGGCAUCCAAUAAAAUAAUAUUGGACUGUCUAAAGAAGAGAUUAGAAGGCGCCGAAGGAAAAUGGGUAAAUGAGCUCCCUGGCGUACUAUGGGCUUAUCGCACCACCAAGCGAAGAUCAACUGGUGAAACCCCGUUUUCCCUCGCCAAUGGAACUAAAGCGAUCAUUCAUCCUCACAUCAUUGUCCCCUCUAUAGGCAUCGAAGUGGGCAGUAUUGAGCAGAACUCCGAGCAGAUGAGACUCAACCUUGACUUACUUGAAGGUGAGCACGAGAAGGCCAUUGUCCGAGUCGCCUCCUAUCAACAGCGGUUGAAGUCUUACUAUGACAAAAAAGCCAAGAUCAGACAGUUUCAACCAGGCGACCUUGUGCUAAGAAAGGCCUUCAUCACUGCACAAAGACAAAGGUCUAAAAAGAUGAAACCCAAUUGGGAAGGCCCUUACAUAAUCAGCCGGUCCGGGGGCAGAGGAAGCUAUAUGCUUGACACCAUGGAAGGGAAGGAGAUUCCGCGACAAUGGAACGCCUACCACCUCCAAAGAUACUAUCCAUGA